AUAGAUGCGUUUAUAUGGCAGAGAUACACAUAGAGGUGAGAGAGUGCGAUACGGCAUAGAACAUAUCCGCGACUUCAUUCCUCACGACGGCGCGAAUCGAUAAACGGCGACCAUCACGCAACACACAAACCUAUCCUCGCCAACAACCCCGACCUCGACGACCGGCUGCACCAUUCCCCGGAUCGUACGGCAUCUCUACACAUCUUAUCAUUAAAGUAGACAGUUUUCGAUGCAUCGGUACAUUCGACAAUUACAUAACCUAUAAAUUUUCCUUUCUUCGACGAAAGGAUAAAUUCAAAAAUUUGAGAGGUCAAGUAUACGAAACGAGAAAAACGUGACAGAUUUACUAAAGAACAAUCCAUUCGAAGCAAGUAUUCGAGUACCUAGAAAUGAGGUUAUUUUAGAUGCAUAUGCUUCUGCAAAAUAACACAGAACGCCAUUCUGUAGUAACUAAAAAUCGUCAAAAGUUUGGCGCGAAAACAAAGUGCGCAUGUAAGAAAAGUGGCGGACUAGGUGGAGCUGGCAGCGCAGUGAAAACAGAAACCCAAACCGGUCAUGGAGGCUAGUUAACGACUGUGCGCCGCGCUUGUGAAUAGUAAUUUCACCAAGAUAUUGUGUUAUUUACGCGGACGCUAGAGAAUCGACUGAAAGAUUGCCGGUUUAAACGAAAAUGGGUGCAUAUUUGUCAGAACCGAUUACAAAGAAAGUGUCGAGCGAUGAAGUGGGCAAGAAUGUCGCAUUCGGCGCGAGUUCCAUGCAAGGCUGGCGAAUUAGUCAAGAGGAUGCACAUAAUUGUUGCAUAGAUUUUGAUGAAAAUAUUUCAUUAUUUGCUGUAUAUGAUGGCCAUGGUGGUCAUGAAGUAGCAACGUAUUGUGCAAAUAAUUUACCAGAUUUUAUUAAACAAACUGAUGCAUAUAAAAAGGGAGAUAUAAGACAAGCUUUAAUUGAUGCCUUUCUAGGCUUUGAUGCUACACUUGAAAAAUCUGAAGUAGUUAGUAUUCUCAAAGAACUCGCAGGAACAUCUACUUCAGAUAAGAAAAAAGAAGAAUUAAAUGAAUCUGAUGAAGAAGAAAAUGUUAAUAAUCUAUGUAUGGAGGCAACAAUGCCAUUGGAAGAAGUAAUAGCAAAGUAUCAAUCAGAAUCAAAUCCUAAUGUAAAAAAUGAAAAAUGUAAUAAACGAGUAUGUUCUGCAAGUCCUUAUCUACGUGGUCGAAGAGGUAAAGAAAAAGCAAGUUCUUCAUCAUCUGGUGCAGGAUGUUCAUCAUCUUCAUCUUCGUGGAAUACAAAUGAAACUGAUGUGAGUAGUUCCAGUCAACCAUGUGGAUCAACUUUAUCUAGUACAAUGGAAAGAAAAGAAUCAGAGUGUCCUGGAAACAAUGAAGCUGAACAAGUUCUUGAUUCAACUACCAGUAAUGGAAAUGCACAUGCAUCUACACCUGUAGAAUCUACAGCAGAUGUAGAAACAACAAAAAGUGCAGAUAUGCCAGAUAGUUCUGAAGAUGUAAACAAGGAAGUAACAAGUCCUGGUAAAAUUACAUCUAUAGAAUCAAAUGCAAAUGAAGUAGAAAUAAAUGGUGCAGAAUCAAAGCAAAUUGGAGAUGCAGAUAGUAGUAAGGGUGGAGGAGAUAAUGUUUCAAGUAGUUCAUGUAUCCCUAUAGAAAAUGGAGAUGCAGGACAACAAGAACGGAUAACUAGUACUGGUAGAAGAAGAAUUCAACCUGUUACAUUAUAUCAUACUCUCUUAAAAAAAGACAGUGAAGUUUCUGAAGAUGAUGAUGAUGAUGAAAAUGAUGAAACAUUUGAUGGAAUUCCAGAAAGUUUUAGUGACGAAGAUGACAUAGAAGAUAUUGAUGAAGAUGAAAGUGAUGAAGAUGAAGAUGAAGAAGAUGAAGAUGGAGAUGGUAAUAUUGAUGAUGAUGAUGAUGAUGAUGAUAGUGAAAGUCUUAUGAUGGAUACAGAAGAGCCAGGUUAUGAUAGUGGAUGCACUGCAGUAGUUGCAAUUUUAAAGGACAAUGAAUUAUAUGUGGCAAAUGCUGGAGACUCCCGUUGUGUUUUAUGUAGAGAUGGUCAAGCUAUUGAACUUAGUUUAGAUCAUAAACCUGAAGAUGAACCAGAAAUGGAACGUAUAGUAAAAGCUGGUGGAAAAGUUACAGCUGAUGGUAGAGUAAAUGGUGGCCUUAAUUUAUCAAGAGCACUUGGGGACCAUGCUUACAAACAAAAUGCAGACUUGCCACCACAAGAGCAAAUGAUUUCUGCUCUUCCUGAUGUAAGGCAUAUUACAAUUGAACCAGAAAGAGAUGAGUUUAUGGUGCUUGCUUGUGAUGGUAUUUGGAAUUUCAUGUCAAGUCAAGAUGUUGUACAAUUUAUUCGUGCUCGUUUAACUCAAAAUUAUGAAAAAUUAUCAAAAAUCUGUGAAGAGCUAUUUGACCAUUGUCUUGCACCUGAUACCUGUGGAGAUGGUACAGGAUGCGACAAUAUGACAGCUGUAAUAGUACAAUUUAAUUCAUCGACUAAUGCUGUAAUGAAUAGCACUAUUACUGACGUAUGUACUGUUAAAAGAUCAUUAUCGCCAUCUAUAUCGACAGAAGAAAAUAAUGAUUGUAUUAUGCAGGAUGACACAAUGAAAUCUUGUAAACGACUUAAAACUGAAGCAACUAUAUGAGAAAUGUGUUAAAUAUUAUAAACUGUUAUAAUCUUUGGAGACAGAUGAGUGAAUGUGAAUUUAUGUAAAAUUAUGUAAUUCUAUAAAAAAAAAAAAAAAAAAAAAAAAAAAAACUGUGAAUUUUGAGCGGAUACUCAAUGGUGAUCGAUACCAGUUACUUUAAAUAUCAUGUAAAGUAUGUUAUAGCUGGCUAUUGGAGGCAGACUGAUAAAUUGGAGCAUAUGAGGAUGAUACUUUGCUACUAAUAUUUCAAUAUUAGAAACUUUAUUUGAUAUAAAAACUAUGGUUUAUUUUUUUUUUCAAAAUCAAUUAUUUUCAAAACUACACUAUUAUUAUUUGAUAGUGUACUAUCGAUAUAUAUAUCAAUAGUGUACUAUAUAGUCUAACAUUUUAAUAAUGUUAUGUACAAAAAGAUAUAAACAGUCAUAUGAACGAUUCUGUAUUAUAUAUUAAUGAAAUAAUAGAUAUUUCACUUCAUAAAUACUUUCUACAAUAACGAUAAGAUAGAUGAUAAGUAUAA